AUGUACCGCAGCAUGAAGAGCCUGGCCCUUCUGGGUCUCCUGGGCCCGACCUCGCAAGUCUUUGCCCACCCGGCCACCAGCCACAACAUUGGCCGCCGGGGCAUCGACAUCGAGGCCUUUCGUCUGCCCCAGCUCGGAUCUUACACCAACGCUACCGAGACGGAGGCGAGCCCGCCCAUCGCGCUUCUGAAGCGUGAGAGCUACGUCGACACGGCCACCGAGCUGGUCAAGAAGCUCGCCCCCAACGCCGAGUUCCGUGUGGUUGGCGACCACUACGUCGGCACCAACGGCAUCGGCCACGUCAACUUCAAGCAGACUGCCCACGGGCUUGACAUUGACAACGCCGACUUCAACGUCAACAUCGGCAAGGACGGAAAAGUCUUUUCGUACGGCAACAACUUCUUCAAGGGAGACAUCCCCGAGGCCAGUCCCCUGAGGAAGCGGGACUUCAAGGACCCGGUUUCCGCCCUCAACGGCGCCAAGGACGUCCUCCAGCUCCCCGUCGAGGCCGGCUCUGCCUCGGCCGAGGCCAAGGAGGGCACCGAGGUCUACGCCAUCAAGGGCACGUCGGGCGCCGUGUCCGACCCCGAGGCCAGGCUCGUCUACUUCGUCAAAGCCGACGGUUCGCUCUCUCUCUCGUGGCGCAUCGAGACGGACAUCAGUGAGAACUGGCUGCUGACGUACGUCGACGCCGAGACGGGCGCCAGCGUCCACGGCGUCGUCGACUACGUCUCGGACCUGGCCGACUACCGCGUCUACCCCUGGGGCGUCAACGACCCGACCGAGGGCGACCGCGUCCUGGUCACCGACCCCUGGGACAUCUCGGCCUCGCCCCUCACGUGGCACAGCGACGGCGCCGGCAACUACACGACGACGCGCGGCAACAACGGCAUCGCGCAGUCGAACCCCAGCGGCGGCACGGCGUACCUCAACAACUACCGCCCCAGCAGCGCGGCGCGCAACUUUGACUACGCGUACACGACGAGCCUGAGCACGCCGUCGUCCUACAUCGACGCCUCCAUCGCCCAGCUCUACUACACGGCCAACCACUACCACGACCUGCUCUACACCCUCGGCUUCACCGAGGCGGCCGGCAACUUCCAGAUCAACAACAACGGCAAGGGCGGCGCCGGCAACGACUUUGUCGUCCUCUUCGCCCAGGACGGCUCCGGCACCAACAACGCCAACUUCCUGACGCCCCCGGACGGCACCAACGGCCGCAUGCGCAUGUACCUCUGGACCCAGUCGACGCCGCGCCGCGACUGCAGCUUCGAGGCCGGCGUCGUCAUCCACGAGUACACCCACGGCCUGUCCACCCGCCUGACCGGCGGCCCGGCCAACUCCAACUGCCUCAGCGCCCUCGAGUCCGGCGGCAUGGGCGAGGGCUGGGGCGACUUCUUCGCCACCGCCAUCCGCCUCAAGCCCACCGACACCCGCGCCACCAACUACGCCAUGGGCGCCUGGGUCUACAACAACCCGGCCGGCAUCCGGACCGUCCUGUACUCCACCUCCCUCACCACCACCCCCAACACCUACUCCACCAUCAACGGCAUCUCCUCCGUCCACCGCAUCGGCGAGACCUGGGCCACCAUCCUCUACGAGGUCCUCUGGAACCUCAUCGACAAGCACGGCAAGAAUGACGGGCCCCGCCCCGACCUCGACAGCAACGGCGUCCCCACCGACGGCAAGUACCUGACCCUCAAGCUCGUCGUCGACGGCAUGGCUCUGCAACCCUGCUCUCCCAACUUCAUCCAGGCCCGCGACGCCAUCCUCGACGCCGACACCGCCCUCACCGGCGGCGACAACCAGUGCGAGCUCUGGACCGCCUUCGCCAAGCGCGGCCUCGGCUCCGAUGCCGUCUACAGCUCCACCAACCGCCGCAACGGCUUCACCAUCCCUACCGGUGUCUGCUAG